UAAAUAUGAUUAAAUGACAUAAGCAGACUGUUGGAGAAAUGGCGAGCAUAGCAGUGUUUGAAAGAUAGGGUUACCGUGUAGCGCCUGUUGGUAGUUAUAGGUAAAUCUACAUACUAACAACUGUAACCUAUUUAUAUUCCCCCUUCCAACGAGCCAAUGACCUCGAAGCUGACAUUCCCUUCACAGCUGGUACGCUAAGCGGUCGUCAGGCUGGUCCUGACCUAGAUGUCGAUUUUAAAGGUGAAGCUGGGUAUAUUAGAAUUUGGCGGCGACGUUAACUUCUUUUAAGGGGCCAACGGCGCCUCCCUUUUUCCCUUCCCUUUCCUUUUGUUAUUAUUUUUAUUUUUUGGACUCUAAACAUACUACUUACAAACUGCUUCCUUCCCUUCCUCUGCCUACAUUGCAAUUAUAGUGCGAUCAUGACUACAAAGCCGUCAGAUGCCUUAUGGGUCGAUGGGCCCUUUCCUCUAGUUCCAACCCCAGUGAAGCGGCCAGGCCUGAAAAACCCCGAUCACUUCUACAUUGAAGCCGCCACCGACAUGGCACAAGCUCACAACGUCAUAAUUCGGGGACUGAACGCCAUUAUUCUACAAGCGCCAAAUGUGCCCAACUCGAGUGAAGAAGGCUACAAACCGAAAGACGUGAAAGACCUCCUCUCAUUUGUCCAGUCGUGGACCAAGAUGGUGCAUCACCAUCACGACGUCGAAGAAACGUAUAUAUUCCCGGAGAUGGCCAAGUUUAGCGGAGACCCUGAGCUUAUGGAGGGCCCGUGGCAUGAACAUCGUCUAUUCCAAGGCGGUUUGGAAAAACUCUUGGCUUAUGCGACAGCUACGCAACCUGAUGAGUAUCGAUGGGUUGGCGGCAUGAAAGAGAUCAUCGAUUCGUUCAGCAAGCAUCUUACCGACCACCUCUAUGCCGAAAUCGACGUCUUGCUUAGUUUCGGGCACUUUGACAGCGAGGGAUACAGGAAGCUUUGGAUUGGAACCCACGCUGUGGCCAGUUCAGCGGGUAACCUCCGCCAGAAGCUCAAUAUGCUGUCUGACGUCUUCCCUUGCGUCUAUGGAUGUAACGACAAGACUUACGAGGGCGGGCACUCCUGGCCUGAACUACCUUGGAUAAUGCCCUACCUCAUCAAGUACUGGUUUGCUAUCGGUAAUGGAGCUUGGAGGUUUUGUCCGUCUGAUUGGUGGUGUAACCCUAGGCCGUUGACAUUCGCGCCGCGGGCAAAGGGGCAGAAUGGGAGGGCGGAUAGGGCAUAGGGAAUAUAUUAGAAACCCCCAGUAGCCGGCCUUGAUUCUUGAACUCAUGCUGGUUUCCGCCGUGGACCGUCAUCGUAUUAUGGGUUUGAGGCAAAUUGUUACAAGAUAUAGCUAGUAUAACACGCUUUAUACGGGAUUCAAGGGUAAUGAUUAUGUUUUUCUCAGCACGAAUAAACUCACACUGGCGUUUUAAUGAA